GUUGAUCAUGGCAUUCAAAUAAGUGAUCCCCCUUCAUUCCCCGGAUCAUCAUAAACACAGAUUGUUCCCUCCCCCCCCGCUUGUUCUUCCUUCUCUCGACUUCCAUCCACUCUACUAACACCAUGGGUUAUACUGCAAAGGCAACUAUUCCACUCAUUCCUCUGGCCCGAGAUUCGGUCCUUUUGCCUGGAGUCACGCUCAGGAUCUCCGUGUCGAACCGUGCCGACAUACCUCUCCUCAUCUCCUCAGCCUUUCAAAGAGCUUCUAGAUCAAGAGCAGGAACUGCCUCUCUUCCUGUUGGCUGUGUCCCUAUCAACUCCCCUUAUCUAAGCGCGGAUGGGAGAGAACUGCUCGACAGUUCGAAGAAAGAGAGUAGUGGCCACAUCGAACAUGAUAUCGAUCCCAGCAAUGCGACCAAGAAAGAUUUAUUCAAGUACGGUACCUUAGCGAAGAUCAUUGGAGUACAAGGCAACUCCAAUGCGGAUCCAUACUUGGUCGUCGAAGGCGUCCAACGGUUCAGGAUAGAUAAGAUCAGACACGAGAAGCCAAACUUCGAGGCCGAAGUCACAUUUUACGAGGAUGAGGUGCCAGAUCUCAACGAUGGUGACCUACGCGCUAGUUUCACACGACUUAAGCAACGAUCUCGAGAACUUUUGACCUUACUUCGAUUGUCCUCCCUCUUCCGGCCUGCGUCGAUGGUCCUCUCGCCACUCAUUGUCCGCCGAUUUGAGCUGUACAUUGGAAAGAAAGAUCUUUCUCAGGCCGGCCAGCUUGCGGACUUUAUGACAGAUAUUGUGGAAGCAAGUUAUGAAGAGAAAUUGCGCGUAUUGAGCACCUUGGAUUUGCACGAGCGUCUGGAACGUGUUCUGGCCCUUUUGAACAAGCAGAUUUCGGGCAUCAACGGGAACAUCAAGAUCACUUCGAUCACUUCGACAACGCUACCUUCCAACAUUGGGGUGGACAUCUCCGACCUCAACCAAAGCCAGCGCGAGGCUCUUGCCAGGCGCGCGCUGUCCGGGUUGAACGGUAUGACUCCUCCGGGCAUGCCAGGUGCACGAGGGGGCGAAGGAGAUGAAGAUAAUGAGGUCAACGAAGUCGAAGAGCUCAAAAAGAAGGUUGCUGAGGCCGGAUUGUCACCAGAAGCUCAGAAAGUUGCCGAUCGUGAACUGAAGCGCUUGAAGAAGAUGAACCCUGCUAACGCGGAGUAUGGGGUCAUACGUACUUACGUCGAGAACCUGGUUGAGAUUCCCUGGACCAAGGUGACUGAUGACCAAUUGGGAGCUGACACUCUCGCCCGAGCUCGUAAGCAACUUGAUGACGAUCAUUACGGCUUGGAAAAGAUUAAGAAGAGAUUACUUGAAUACCUUGCAGUCUUAAAGCUCAAGCAGUCUGUCAAUGCCGAUGUCGAUCAACAAAUUGCUAGAUUGACCAAGCAACUUACUCCUACGCAAGAAGGUGAGGAGAGAGAGGUCGAGCAGAUUCCGGACAACGAGAAGGAUGCUGCUACUGCUAAACUGCAUGUUCUCAAGUCAAAGCGAAUGGUCGAUAAGUCACCAAUCCUUCUACUAGUUGGACCCCCUGGCACUGGCAAGACGUCUCUGGCAAAAUCGAUUGCUCUCUCCCUGGGUCGCAAGUUUCACAGAAUAUCCCUUGGCGGUGUUCGGGAUGAAGCAGAAAUCAGAGGCCACAGACGGACCUAUGUCGCUGCAAUGCCAGGUCUCAUCGUGAGCGGCCUGAAAAAGGUCGGGGUCGCGAACCCUGUCUUCCUGCUUGAUGAGAUCGACAAAAUCAGCACAAAUAAUUUCCAUGGUGACCCAUCUGCUGCUAUGCUUGAAGUCCUCGAUCCUGAACAGAAUCACAGCUUCAACGAUCAUUACGUCAAUAUCCCCAUGGACCUGAGUAAAGUUCUCUUCAUUGCAACCGCCAACUCCCUCGACACUAUCCCUGCGCCACUUCUCGACCGUAUGGAAACCAUCCAACUGUCUGGCUACACCACUAUCGAGAAACGUUACAUCGCCAAGCAGCAUCUUAUCCCUAAGCAAGUCCGUACUAACGGUCUCUCCGAUGGUCAAGUGGUCCUGCCUGACGACGUUAUCGACACCAUUAUAACAUCCUAUACCCGCGAGUCUGGCGUGCGUAACCUUGAGCGCGAAAUAGGCUCAGUGUGCCGAUACAAGGCUGUACAAUAUGCUGAUGCGAGAGACGCAAAUGACACCAGCCCCAGUAAAUAUAAUCCCACCGUGACCGUGGAUGAGCUCGAAGACAUUUUGGGGAUUGAACGCUUCGAGGAAGAAAUUGCCGAAAAGUCUUCGCGGCCCGGUGUCGUCACAGGGCUUGUGGCAUACUCGUCUGGCGGGCAGGGGAGUAUAUUAUUUAUCGAAGUGGCUGAUAUGCCUGGCAAAGGCCGUGUGCAACUCACUGGGAAACUGGGCGAUGUGCUCAAGGAGUCGGUUGAGGUUGCGCUCACGUGGGUCAAGGCGCACAGUUAUGACUUGGGCCUUACCCACGACCCUCAUGAGGACAUUAUGGAGAAGCGUGCUAUUCAUGUUCAUUGUCCUGCGGGAGCGGUGCCCAAGGAUGGACCCAGCGCUGGUCUAGCACAUACCGUUGCUCUGAUCAGUUUGUUCAGUGGAAAGAGCGUGCCGCCUACGAUCGCCAUGACGGGAGAAGUCAGUCUGCGUGGCCGCGUCAUGCCGGUCGGUGGUAUCAAAGAGAAACUCAUUGGCGCACAUCGUGCGGGAGUCAAGAAGGUUCUUUUGCCUGCACAUAACCGUAAAGAUGUGAAGGAUGUGCCUGACGAGGUGAAGCGCGAGAUGGAGAUUGUUUAUGUCAAGCAUGUUUAUGAGGCGCUCCGACAGAUUUGGCCCGAAUCACAAUGGGCUUCAGACAGAUAUUUUGCCGAGGUCGAAAGUCGGUUGUAGAUUGUGGACGUUGGUGGUGUUGUUUAGAAGAUCUGACAUUGCAGAACUUGUAUUAGCAGAGCGAGUGAUUCAUGUGGGGGGGUGGUUUGAAUAUCAUCUUCAUAGUCAUGCAAUUACUUAAGUCAUUAUCAUGAUUAGUUGAUCUUGACGAAGAUUUUCGCUUUCUCUACUCAGGGCGAGGAUGAGUUUCACAGUACUUCGCAGUUAGUUGCGUCAGGCAUAUUGGCUCAACAUCAAGUAGACACCCGAGUUCACACAGGAUCGCAUGACGAUCGG